UGUAUAAAAAUUUAGCAAUUGCCAUUUGGCUGUCCUCUUCCUUCUUUCUCUCACAUCUCUCUUUCUUUUCUCUCUCUUUCGUUCACAAGUCACAACUCACAACUCACUUCGAUUUUCCUUCUGCUACACCAACGCACGAACACACUCACAGACACUCACGAACACAACGCUUCUUCGUCUUUUCUGAUUUUCGCUCCAAAACCCAUUGCUUCUAUCACUCACACUCCACUUUCAGAUCGGUGUGUGUCUCUCUCCCCGACAGACAAAAAAAGAAGAAAAGGAUUUGAAGAUUUGGAAAAGUUGCUUUCAGUCUUGAAGUACUAAAAAAGUUGAGUGUGAGAUGUGAAGUGAAUUUUGAACAGUGAAAAUUGGUAAAUGGGGACCCAAAGGCAAAACUCAAUGUACAGUCUCACACUGGAUGAGGUUCAGAAUCAAUUGGGUGAUUUGGGGAAGCCGCUAACUAGUAUGAACCUUGAUGAGCUUCUAAAAAAUGUGUGGACUGCUGAGGCAAGCCAGACCAUUGGUAUGGACAAUGAGGGCACAUCACAAGCUAGUCAAGCUGCUCUGCAGCAUCAGGCUAGUCUGUCAUUAACUGGAGCACUAAGCAAGAUGACUGUAGAUGAGGUUUGGAGAGAUAUCCAAGAAAACAAAAUCAUUGCGGAGAAGAAGUUCGAAGACAGACAUCCUACUUUGGGAGAAAUGACAUUGGAGGAUUUCUUGGUGAAAGCAGGUGUUGUUGCAGAUGCAUCUUCUAAUAGAACAAAUACUGGUACUAUAGCUGGAGUUGAUUCAAACGUGGCAGUACCGCAGUUUCCUUCACAAGGACAGUGGAUACAAUAUCCACAAGUACAAUAUCAGCAUUCCCCACAAAGUUUAAUGGGGGGGAUCUAUAUGCCUAGCCAAGGUAUGGUACAACCAAUACACAUGGGAGCUGAAGCUUCGAUAGAUGUUUCAUUUGCAGAUAGUCAGGUGGCAUUGCCAUCACCUCUGAUGGGAACAAUGCCUGAUAUGCUGACUCCUGGAAGAAAAUGGAGCAAUUCUGAGGACAUGAGAGAGAAGACUGUUGAGAGGAGACAGAAAAGGAUGAUAAAAAAUCGGGAAUCAGCUGCCCGUUCAAGAGCAAGGAAACAGGCAUACACAAAUGAAUUGGAGAAUAAAGUCUCGCGCCUGGAAGAGGAAAAUGAAAGGCUGAGGAAACAAAAGGAGCUAGAGCUGAUGUUGCCAUGUGAACCCCCUCCUGAACCUAAAUAUCAACUUCGCCGAAUAGCAUCAGCUCCAUUCUGAGAUCUGUACCUAGUUGUAGAGGUUUGUAUAUACGAGUAUCAGGGAAUUCUCCUUGUGGAUUACUGUGCGGUUGAAUCUGGUAUGCCAGGAAUAGUUAUGAGAUGCAUUUGCAUCCAAUGGCUUGCUUUUAAUUGUUGUGAAGUUCUUUAUAACUCCUCUGUGAAAGUUCUUCAGAAAAAAAUGAAAAAUAUUGUAGUUAUACCAUUCACAAUAUAGCCCUUUUAAUCAUGCCUUGAGAGGUACUUUGGCGUUUUGGGGAUGACAAAAUUGUGGGGUCUUGCCAUUUUUCAAGUUAUGGGAAAAUAGGGCGACUUUU